UUCACUUGUGUUAAGUUUAACGUGGCAUUUAUGGCGUGAUAAAAUAACGACACAUUAAAUGAAUGUAACCGUUAUGUUUUAACGACGUAGUGAUAUCUGAAACGGUACGAUUUGUUGGUAUUAAUUCGCUGCGGUCCGGCGAAAAUUGAGCGCGAAAAAGAAAUGGCGGAGACAAGCAACAGCGCGCGCGUUUCGGCCGCGCAGGCCGCUAUGCUAGUGCAGUUUAUGGAGCAGCAUCCGUACUUGGCGAGAGGCUCCACAAGCCUCUCGCCAAGUAUGAGUGCUGCCCAAAAAAGAGAAUUGUGGGAAGAAAUUGCCGCCGCCCUGAACGCCGUCGGGCCGGCAGCAAAGACAGCCCGGCGCUGGCGCCUGUAUUGGUCGCGGAUGACGUACGAGUGCAAAAAGCUCGCGGCGCAGGUUGGCGCCGAGAAGAGGUGAGCCCGCGACUAGCAACGUCUUCGGAACGUAUAAGCUGACGGUGUUCAUGCAUUUGCAGGAAGACGGGAGGCGGAAAGUUGGGCGGCCUGGAGGGUCGAGUGCUCGCCGUGCUCGCCCAUACCGGCCCAGCUUCCGCCCCUGUGGAUUUUUUUGCUGGCGAUGCUGAGGUGAGUAGCAAUGUUCGUUGCUAUGUGUACCGAUGACGGGCAGUUACACCGUGGUGAAUAUUUUGCCCUUGUGUGCUUGUGUGUGUUUUCUUACAAUUCAACACACAUGCCAGCACAUGAUAUCCGUACUUUGCAAGAACGGAAAUGCUGCCCCACUGCUGUUAGAAACACCUUGUGGUGGAUUUCAUGACGCGUUAAUCCGAAAAGCAUUAGCAACGAGUUGUCAAAGCUCCAAGGCACUAGUAUGUCGCAUGAUGGAUUAGGAAUUGCGUGAUAAGUGAAAUAGACAUUGCAACCAGUUGAUGGAACUUAAUCACAUUAUGUCCUGUGCUUUAUUGUUCCAGGAGGACACCUCCAGUGAGGAGUCCAGUGAUGGAGUGCCCCCUGCCCCACCAGCAGCUGCGCGCGUCUCGGUGGGCACGGAGCCGGGGACCAGUGGCACUGCACCUCGGCAGCAGCCCCGCAGGCCGCCACCCCGCCAACAGGUCCUUGAGGACGCAGCAUCUCGGGCGGCCGCAGACUAUGCCCGACAGAGCCGGCUAGCUGAGGCGGCAAACGCGGAGGCCGCAAGCUUCCACCAGUUGUUGCUGCAGCAACAUAGGCAGCUGGUGGAAGAACAGAGAGCGACGCGGCAAGUCCUGGAGCAGCUGGUGGCCGAGAUGCGUGGUUCGCGAGAGGCGACCACUCUCAUUGCGACCACGCUGCGCCAGCUGCUGGCUGCCCUCGCCCACCUGCGCGAGCCGCCUCAGCAAUAAGGGGCAGCUUUUUUUUUUUUUUUGCCAUAUCAUUCUUUAGUGCUUUGUAGGUACAAGUGUUGCCUAUCUAUGCUUGUUUUUUUUUUAUGCAGCACUAAAGGAUGAUAUGGCUGUUUUCCGUAAUUUCUGUCUCUAAUCAUAUUUUUUUUUGCAAGGUAAUUUCUGUUAUGUUUAUUUUCAUAUGUAGUGCAAGUUUGCCCAAGUGAGGCAUUAUAUAACUUAUAUGUAGAACUUUCGCGUUUCUGUUCGUUACCGUAUUUUUUUCCCCAAGUUCAUUUCAUGUGUAUUAUUCUUUGUCCAAGGGAGACGGUACAACUUAUAUGUACAUUUUUUGCCAUAAUUUCGUUAGGUGUUGUUCACUUUUGUUUUGCUGUUACUGAUAUGUUUCAAUGUGCGCCGUUCUUCCACGGAAGAUACACUGUGCAAUCACUUUUACGCCAACUACGACAUUGUCUCGCACACAUACAGGUGCGCUUAAUAACUACAAUACUGUGAUAACUGGAAAUCAAUUUUCAUGCCAUAUGUAUGUCAUGUUUGCAAUGUAUAACCAUUCGUGCCUACGCAAAGUAGCCGAAUUGGUAUUUUUAUCACCAAGUGUACACACCCGAGCAGCAGGAAACGAAAGAGCGCUUUAUUGCGAGAAGCAUGUGCGUUUAUACACAGGCAGGCCAGGCUUGCACAUGCGUAUCACAAUAUUCUUGAUGACGUAGCCACUGGUCACACCAAGCACCUGUUACCUGUGGUAGUCGCUGUGAUAUUUCAGGUGUCCUUACCUAUGAUAGCAAUACAAUUUAGUCCCCAUUGUAGUUGAGCACAGUUUGCGACAUACGUAACAGAGCCAUCGAUGUGGCCGCUAUUUUGACAUUCGCUGCCAGGCUGGUCUUGCAGCCGUUAUAUGAAAUACCGUUUUAGUGCCAAGCAUUUUCUCACUUGUCGUUCCUUAGAAGCAUGUCAUGGCUGCUUUAUAUUGUGAUCUUAUUACGGCACUAGUCAUUGAAAAGAAACUGUUUUGUGCUACAAACAUGCCAACUACAUAAUACAGAAGAGAUCUUUCUUGCUGUUAAGUUGCUGGAUGAAGAAAAAUGGUUGUCUGCGAGUUCAAAAAAAUAUCGUUAUGCUCGUGUCAUAUUUAUGCAAUUUAACAUCUGCCAACGGCCCAGUGGUAGUGUACUGGGUCCCAUGUAGUGAACAUCACACGGCUAUUUUGACGCCAUGAAGCCAUGCUCUGUGUACUUGUCUGUCAUUUGCUUUGAUGAAAGACGGAAUUGAAGAUCGAUCACAUGGUUUUAUUUACAAUGCAGAUUUAAAUAAACGAUUUUACACAAUGCAAGUUGCACUUGAAAUGAAUAUUUACAAUUUGUGUUCCUUCACUUUCAGAACUAUUUACAUAUGUACACUCUCCCAAGGGAGAAUAACGCGCUCGACAUGCCAGGCGAUCAUUUUCGGCAUAACUUGGCCUUAUGUCAAGGAACUGUGCGGUGGCUGUGUGGCAAAACAGCGCAGGGCCUACAAGGUGCGUGAGCACAGUACACAUGGUGGAGCGAGAAGUGUUGUGCUUGGCAGCAGCCCAAAUAGGAAGCGAGGAGGAUUAGACCAACAUCCUCCCAUGCACAGUGCAGAUGGCGGUGACAGUGUCGGUGAUGUCAGAAGCAACAGCAGCAGCAGCAAAUCAUUUGGCGAACCCCAGCUGCCCAGAGAAGUAACUACAACAUUCUGCUGAUGAACACAAAGUGUUCUAUCCACAGGUACUAAAUGAAAGGCUCUCAUGUAGUGUCACAGUGCAAUGAUGCAAUCAUCUGCGGUAGUGACAGCUCACUGGCAGAGGACACGUGAAAACGCUGGUUAUGAUUGAGCAGAUUCUAUAAAAAAAGCAGCAUGCUAUCCACUAAUUGCACACAUUUCUUCACAUUGGUUCCUGCUCUCUAUUAGAUGUGUAGACAGCAGUAAUAAACAUCUGCCUGCAGUGUCAGGCACAUGUUUAUUGCUGCUGUCGGUGCUGCUGUCGACGCAGCCGCCUUCGCACCCUUUGCAGGUAUCGCUGGUGCUGCUGCCGUGUCGUGCCAAAUGAGCUAAUAACAUUAUCCCGGGCAGCACAGCCUCUCAGGUACAUCAUGCGUGCUGCCCUCACUUGGGGAACUCUCUGUGGGGAGGGGUUGCC